AUGGCGGCAUACCGAUACAUCGUUCGAGGCAUAAAUACCGUCCAGCUGCGACCACUGCUCCUCACCUUUUACUACGACCGCUGCGAUGUGAUCUUCACGGCCCCCCUGCUCGUCUCCUCCCUCGUCGCCGCCCUCGCGUCGGCCGUGCCCGUCAGCCUCGACACUCGCGAUGUCUUCGUGCCACCUAUCCUAUACGCCCACGCCGGAAAGGCGCAGACCUGA